UUUCAUCUGUGGAUAACAAAGAAGAUAUUUUGAAAAAUGUCAACUUUAAAGACAAAAUAUGUUCUUGCCAUAAAAGUUUGGAAUGUCUUGAGGGUGAGUGAAUGAAUUUUGGAUGAACUAUCCCGUUAAGAGUGACAUCUUAGGCUCUCAGAUUGCACUGAGAAGCAGCUAUUUGCAGAAAAAGGAUCUGACCACAAAAGUUUGACUGUUUGCUCACGUGAGAUUUUGAGUGUAGGAAAGUGGUGUCGAGUAUCAGCUGAAUGAAGAGUUCUGGAGAAUUAAGUAAGCCUCGCUCAGCUAUGACAUGAGUGAUGAGUAAUUAUAGAUGGCUCGGGGUUUAAGAAUAGACUGCAGCUGUUGGCAUCAUUUCACGGGUUUGGACAGUCCAUCUUAAGGUGGAUCAUCUUCCCCAGGUCGCAACGUCGAUGUCAAAAUCAUGCUUGAGGUCGAUCUAAAAGCAUUGUGGACAAGGUUGUAAGCAAAUUGCUUCCUCAGUUGUUAAAUUUCCCAAACUUGGUAAUGGUAAUGCUGAAACCUUUUGUCUAAAGUUGGACAAUCAGCCAGGUGACUAUCAGUGAUGGAACAUCUUGGUAUUGUCUGUGCUAUUAUUUUUAACCAAAUAUGACCAUGCCAUUAGCUUUUCUUUGAGGAAACAUAGCUCUUUGUACAAUAAAUAGUGCGGUUGAGAACGAAGGGGGUUUCCAUUAUCUCAGCUGCACAAGCAUCUUCUAAAAAUGACAAGGUGUCACCUUACUGUGGAUAUUUAUAAUGCUGAAUUCAUGGUGAGUUGGUUUGGUGCCCGCUUCCAACCCCUCUGCCCUCUUUUCCAGUCAUUCCCUGUGCGUCUGGCCUUUGAACCUUGUGUUCCCUAUAUGCAGUAAGGGUGGAGCUUCUAUAUUCUCCAGAACGUCCAUGAAGCUCCAGUCAGAGGGAGAGUCUGUCUCAUCCAAGCGUCUUCCAGGGCCCACCACGGCCCCACAAUCCAGCAACCCACCCCAUAACCCAACACCCCCUUGUGCACCAACAGAAAUCCACCGAAGCAGGACCUGAGACCUUCGGCAGUUCUAGUCUAGGGUCCUCACUGGGUUACAAAGACAAGCAUGGCUGACAAACUGGGACUGGCAGGUGUGGCGGACGAGCCAAGCACCCUGAACAUCUUCACUCUGUUGGAGAGGGUGUCUGGGAUCAUAGACAAUGUGCAGGCGUGCCAGCAACGCAUGGAGGAGAGGCAGCUGGAGCUGGAGAACAACGUGAAGACCAUCCAGGCCGACGUGGUGAAGUUGACGAAGGAGCACACGGCGACGAGUAGCACCGUGGAGAAACUUCUAGAGAAAACACGCAAGGUCAGCUGCCACAUCAAGGACGUUCGUGUGCGGGUGGAGAAGCAGAACAUACGUGUCAAGAAGGUGGAGGAAACCCAAGUCGAGCUGCUGAACAAGAACAAGUUCCGUGUCGUCAUCUACCAGGGAGAUAAUGAGGUCCCAGCUGUACCUGCUUCUAAAGCAUCUCCGAAGGGAGCAACGGGCGGAGAUGCUUCCUUAGACCCUGAUGCCCCAGAGGUCCUGCUUCCAGACUCAGAUGAGGAAUACAUGGUCGUUGAGGAGGCAGACUCAUCUACUGCUGCUAAACUAAAGAAGACUGGCCUGAAGCGCAUUGAAAGCCUGAAACAGACCUUCUCCCGUGAGAACAUGACUAAGACCAAAGAGAAUCUGGGCACCAAGGUCAACAAGCUGGGCGAGCGCAUAGUAACGGCCGAACGGCGUGAGAAAAUCCGCCAGUCCGGGGAACGGCUGAAACAGUCUGGCGAGCGUUUCAAGGAAACCAUAACGAAAACAGUGCCAGCAAAACUCAACCUGAAGAAGGAAAGGACGGUGGCUGAAGGUCAAGAAGGAGCAGAAGGGACCACGGAAGGAACGGCACCCGUCCCACCCCCAAAGGGCCGCAAGGCCAGCCCUGGUGUGGCCUACACGGAGCCAACGGAGAAACAAGAAGGUCCAGAUGAGGGCAAGGGCGAGGAAUCAGAAGUGCCGAUGUAUGAUAUGAAGCAGCUUUCUUAAGCGGCAAGUCUUGACAGUCACAUUUGGGAAAGACUCAUGUACAGAUAUGAAUUCGAUUAUGGAGAACUUGAAGGUUGAAAGAUUGGGAAGAUGAGAGAUCUUGCUUCUAAGUGUGUGGAUAAGUGGAUGGUUCUAACGACAACUGAAUGAACGAAUUAAGGAAGUUGUACAUUACAAACAAUAUCCUAGAGUUUCUUUUUUUUUUUCUUGUUUACAUCUGUUAUGGACUAUGAAGUGCUAUAAAUGUUAAACUAAUGUACUGAGAUGACUAGGCUAUGGUUUUUAAUUUAAAUUCAGCCAAAAACAUGGUGCACUCAGUGAUUUUCUUUGUCUUUAUACUGUCACCAAUGGGAGUGGAUGCAGCAUCAUGAAAAAUCAAGGUAGCAGUAGAUACGCUUCAUGUAGAGUAAAACAGAUUUUUCUAAGACACUGUCUCUAUUCAUUCUUCAUGGGUAACAUUUUUUGAGGAAAAACGACUGAGUGCACCUUUUAUGGAUUGACAUUAUUUGAUAGGUGUGUAAAAAUAUUUGUAAGAAAUUUCUUUGAAUUGCUGAAUUUACAAAUACAGAGAAGUAGAUUGUGGACUAUCUCUGAAGACUUUAAAUAUAUUCUGGUGUCAGCUGACAUCCAGCAUGUCAACAGUGGAUGAGUUAAGAAUUAAAUUUUUCGGUUUAGAUGUUGUAGUGGUUUGUGGAAUAUAACUAACUGUGCAGACAAGUAAUUUAUAAAUUAUGUUUCUGUGCCUUUCUGUGUAAACUCUAUAAAAAAAACAUGUGAACCACCAUUCAGUUGUGGUAUUUUUAAAUAAACAUAUUAACGCA